GUAUAUAGGGCAAGAAACAGGUUGGCUGCCCUUGACCAUAAUUCCCAUGCAGAGCGGGAAGUGAAGAAGAACAAAGAUGGUUCUUUGAGGUGGCAAAGGAGUUACAACAAAAAAACAUCAAGGUGGUCGGUCCACCCUGUGAAAGAAGAGAAGAAAUAUAGUUAUGUUCAAGACCUGAUCAGGGAAAUCAUCAGGAGCAGAAUAGAGGAUGAUGUUGGAAUGAACAGGCCGUUGGAGUUAGAGGAGGAGGAUCCACGGCGGAUAGCUGCCCAUCUGGCUCCAGUCCCACCACCACCAACAAAAGAAAUUGUUGCCACUCAGAUCUCGAGAUUUGAAAAUCUGAAUAAAACAAUUGAGUACUGGACUGGUGACGGACAGUAAAGCUUUCUUUGUGAAAUCAUAAUGACAUUGAUAGGCUAAUGAUUUUCAUACUGCCAUUAACUGUCAUAUUUCUAGCUGAAUUGGAAUAUUUUUUAAGAAAUGUAAUAGAAGGGUAUUUUCUUAUACAUGUAUUAUUUACUUCCAUUGACAUGCAGAAUGUUGAAUAGAUAUAGGCCAAUACAACAGCUUUUGCUUUGCUCUUUGGCAGAGUUGCAAUAGUUCCUGACAAUUUAUAUAUUUUAUUUAUAUAGAAACCAUAGUGCAAGCAUUUUGACUGUAUUUGGUGCCACAAAAAUUUACUGUAGUAAGUUUGUAUUGACUGCACACGACCAACAUGCUAAAAAUAGAUUUUUUGAACUUUGUUGCCGCCGGGCGCAUAGUGUUUCACAAACACAUCUUGUUUAUUUUGAGAAAAGGAUUGUUUUGAUAGAAAUGUGUUUUUAUUGAUAUAAUCUAUAGAUUUAGGGUUAAUUGUAGACAGUCAUUCACAUUUCCAUCAGGUACUCAGGUAAGGGAGGCUGUACAUAUUGGUUUGUUUCAUUUCUACAUAGAUGAAUGCUGUAAUAAGCAAUGGUCACAGUUUUCUUCUCUUUGAUUAUUGUACAUGUACAUUAAAUAUCAUUGACAAUUAAAAAUAAGAAAUAAAUAAUGUUUUUAUUGAUA